UUCCGGCCGGGCCCCUGCUGGCGGCGGCGGCGGCGGCGGCAGAGCGGGCGAGAGGCCGAGGGGACCCGCCAGUGGAGCGCAAGGACCAGACACUCCCGCAAUGACCAGUUCCCCUGUCUCCAGAGUCGUCUACAACGGCAAGAGGAACAGUAGCCCUCGCUCUCCCCCCAGCAGCAGUGAGAUCUUCACCCCGGCCCAUGAGGAGAAUGUGCGCUUCAUUUACGAAGCCUGGCAGGGCGUGGAGCGAGAUCUGCGGAGCCAGAUGUCAGGCAGCGAGCGGGGCCUGGUGGAGGAGUAUGUGGAGAAGGUCCCUAACCCCAGUCUGAAGACCUUCAAGCCCAUCGACCUGAGUGAUCUGAAGCGCCGGAACACGCCGGACGCCAAGAAGUCCUGAAGCGUGUGGUGUCCCUCCCCUGGCCUCUGGGAGACCCAGGCGCCGCCUGAUGUUGGUCUCCUGCGGGUUCGGCUCCUGGGAGGGGGAGGAGCUGUAAACCCCAGGACCAGGAGGGGCAUGAUUGAUGGCCAAGGCCUGCCCUUCCUCCCCGAGCCCCCUCCUUUCUUCUCAGGGGGGUCUCAAGCUGCCCUGUCACUGGGGGUAGGGGGGUCUGGGCCCUACCAGCCCCUGCUCCCCCCGGAGUUGCAUCUCUGGAGCACCUGCUCUGCCUGCCCCCACCCCAGGGCCUUGACUGACUCCUCUCCACUUCCCACCACCUUCCAUUGCCGCCCCCCCAGCCCCUGACCCCCCCCCCCAGCCACUUCCAAGGUCAGGAGGGAGACAAGGGAGCCUCUGCUGUCUCCCAGGCUGGUGGGACUGGGCUUGUCCGUGAGGUGGCCAGGAGGCAGGACGAGGGUGGCCCCUCUCAUACCUGUUGUGGAUCCCCCACCAAGCCCUGCUGCUUUUCUGGGCUGGACACCUUGGGGAGCAUCUAAUCCUUCACCCCGUUGUCCAGCCUGGCCCCUUCCUUCCCUGCAUCAGCUUCGGGAUGGCACCAGCUCUCCAGGCCUGGGAUGCCCCUGAGCACCCCCUCACAAAGGGUCUUGGGCAACCAGGCCUAGCCCCUUGCUCUCUGCGGCCCUGUGGCCACAGCAGUCCCCUCGGGCAGGGGCAUGAGGCUGACCCUGGCCCUGUACCAUGUGCUGGGAUGGUCACCAGGGUCCCCUUUUCUUCCCGUGCUCUCUAAAAGCCAAGUGUGUGUGACU